AUGGAACAAGCUCGAAAGAACCUUCGGAAACUCCGUGGCUCCAGCGACGAGCAGGUCGAGGAUGAACUGCGGCUGAUGAUACUUCGCGAGGAGAAAAAUCGAGAACUACGCGCCAAUGUUAGGUUCUGGCAUAUUUUCAAGCGAGAUCAUCUUCAACGAACUUUGGUCGCAGGCUCAUUCUACUCUUUAAACCAAAUCUCCGGCAUUAUUCUGUCCACGACAUACACGACGAUCUUUCUCUCCCAGAUUGGAGUCGCCGACGUCUUUUCAUUGACCAUUAUAGCAUCUUGCUGUACUUUGGCAGGCACAAUUGCAGCCCCCCUCGUCAUCGACCGUGCUGGACGACGUCCAACGGCAUUUGUUGGAAUGGGGGUUCUUCUUGUGAUCGACACGGUUGCUGGCAGCCUUGCCUUCUAUACGGAAAACAAGCAUGCGACGGUAGCUAUUGCGGCGUUGUCAUUUAUCUUCAACUUCUUUUGGGCUUCUUCUUUCUACUCACUAUCCAAUGUCAUGCCUACAGAGAUGGCAACGCCCAAACUCCGUCACUUUAUCAUGUCUUAUACGAUCGCCUGCCAGGGAAUUACUGCAGUGAUAACCACUCUCGUGGUGCCACACCUGACCUCGGCAGAUGCCGCAAAUCUUGGAGCAAAAACCUAUCUUGUUUUCGCCGGCUGUAUGGCCGGCAUCCUGAUAUGGGUGUAUUUCUUGAUGCCAGAAACGCGUGGGCGAACAUUCGCCGAGAUUGAUGAGAUGUACGCCGCCAAAGUUCCGGCAUGGAAGUGGCGAUCCUAUCAAACGAAGGAACAAACGAAGACCAGCGAAUCAAGGAAUCGGGCAGACGCUGUAAAAGACGCUCCAAAUACUACCUGA